AUGGGAAGCACAUCCGGAGUAAAAGUAUCCUUACACAAACGCCUAAUUGUCUGUUGCGAUGGAACAUGGGAAGACGGUAACAGCGAAGAAAUUAACAACCCGCUUAGCAACAUAACCCGGAUCGCGCGGGCCAUAAAACCACAUGCCGAAGUGAUCCAAAGUGGUGUUCGAACAAUCAUCCCCCAAAUCACAUAUUACCAAAAAGGUGUUGGGACCGGUGUUUUGGAUCAGUAUCUCGGCGGAUUGACUGGCGUCGGUCUAAGUGCCAAUGUCCGCGCCGCCUACGCAUUUUUGGCUGAGAACUACGAACCAGGCGAUGAAUUAUUCUUUUUUGGGUUUUCGCGCGGCGCAUACACUGCGCGCGCGGUGGCCGGUUUAGUCGCUGACAUGGGCCUCCUAACGCCUCGCGGAAUGGACAAUUUUCCCAUCAUCUACAACGACUACUACAAAAAGAAGAAACUGGCCUAUGACGACAAAAUGCGUCUCCAGCUCGGCUUUCGCGAGCGUCUACCCCGAUUCACAAUCCGGGUAAUUGGCGUAUUCGAUACAGUGGCUUUCCACGAUUUCAAGUUUACAUCCAAGAUAUUUGGAGAGAAGUUUGAGUUACCCAACACGAUUUUGUCGCCGGAUGUGAGAUAUGCGUUUCAUGCGUUGUCGCUUGAUGAACGACGCAAGGCGUUUUCACCGACGUUGUGGCAUACGCCCGUCAAAGUGGAGGAUCAGGAGUUACUUCAGGUUUGGUUCUCGGGUGCGCAUGCAGACGUCGGAGGAGGCGAGGAGGAUCCGAGGUUGUCGGAUAUCUCGCUUGCGUGGAUGAUUUCGCAUGCGAGCAAGGAUAAACAACUCGAAUUCGAUUUGGAGUAUUUGUUUCACAACCCCGCGCGACAGUUGGAAGAUACUGCUAUCAUUCCCUGGGCAACGAGUCUAGGGGAAGAGGAGGUUUACUCGUUUGCGCAGUAUGUGGAGGCAUUUGUGUUUGGAAAAUGUAAUCGAACGCCGUUGGAGUACGUGGAUGGGAAUGAUAACGCCGGAUAUACGAAUGAGUGGAUACACGAAUCCGUCAAGGACCGCAGGUUUACCAAGUUCAUCGAGAAAGGGACUAGCCAGAUGGCAAAAAUAUGGCCCAGUAAAGUUGUUGUGCGAAGGUUGGAAGAGAAAGAUGGGAGAAGUAGUAGAGAGUGGUUGUUGAAGAAUGGGCAGGCGAUCAAGGAGGUUGAGGCGACGGGGACGGAGUUGUUUCUCAAGGGCCGGAUUAGGAAGGUUAGGGCUAUUCAGAUUGAUCCUGCUUGA